AUGUUGGCCUCCACGUGCCUGCACGUCUAUUUCACCCGGAAAAAUACCGACAAAGUGAAGCAUAUCCGCAGCUACACGGAAAAAAUCCAUGUGGAGAACGGUAUUUUGGACAAAGAAACUGACUACGAGGUUACGGUAGCGUGGCUGAAUCGGUACUCGGAUGCCAGCGGUAUUUCGGAUCCAAAAUCGUUCCGAACUGGAUUUGGUUACCCAUCAGCGCCACGCUCGUUGCAAGCCGUUGCUGUCACUCCAGAUACGGUAUACCUGUACUGGAAUCUUCCCGAAACACUGAAUGCACCCAUUGCUGAAAUCAAGUACAAGAUUACUUCGCAACAAGCAUCUGGUCUGGCGUCACCAACCAGUAUUGCCGUUCAAGAAUACGCAGAUGGAGCUUUUUCGCCUACGACCUCCGACUCUGCAUCUUGCCUUGCAUCCGGUCGUACAAAGGACAUCCCUGGAACGCUCCGUCCAGACAAUGUGACCGGAUCGUCGUUGUUGCUUCGAUGGAACAGUCUGCAAGCCGAGCAACCACCAUCGGUCAUUUCUGUACAGUAUAAAGAGACAGGUGGCACAAGUGGGUGGAAAUCGCCAUCGAAUGCUUCGUUCGACCCUUCAGUAUCAACUAUCCUUGUUCUCAUAAAUGGCCUGCUCUCUGCCACCUCCUAUGAUUACCGGUUCGUUGCCGCCUACUCAGGAACGUUUACGAUUGAAAAUCGAGCGAUCGGAUUCAAGGAGUAUUACUACCAAGGUGUCCAACAAGCCAAAACGAAAGCUGGUGUGCCAACUGCACCGGUGCAAGUGGAAGCCCGAAUGGACGAAGAGGGAUGGAUUGUAUCGUGGAAAGAACCAACCAGCGAUGGUGGCUCGCCGAUUACUAGUUAUGCUGUUGAGAUGCGCCACAACCGUUCCGCUGAAUGGGAGAUUGCUGAACGAGGAUUGGACGGUUGGAAGCUGUGGUGGAGACCGGCCAAAAGUGACCGUCGUCAGCCGUGGGAAUUCAGAGUGCGAGCGGCCAAUCUCGAAGGUUUCGGGGCGUACGGAUAUUCAAGUGACACCGUAGUGCCACCAGCUGCUGAAGAGACCUCGCAGUCUUGGCUUUACGUUGUGCUCACUGUGUCGCUGAUUGCGAUUCUAGUGCUGCUCACACUCAUUUUCCUGAUGAGUAUGGUUCUUUUACGUACCAACUUCGACCAUCCGAACAUUGUGAAACUUUUGGGCGUUUGUCUCGAAGGUCCAAAGGAAUACCUCAUUCUCGAGCUCAUGGAAGGAGGUGAUCUUCUGAAUUUCCUGAAGGCGAGUUCACCAACUGAUUCAUAUCCAUCUCAACUCUCCUUACGUGAUGUGCUGUCGAUGUUAAUUGAUAUCGGUCGAGGAGGAGCGUACUUGGAGUCGAUUCGGCAUGUUCAUCGAGAUUUGGCUGCAAGGAAUUGUCUGAUCAGUUCACGAACCCCUCGUUCACAUCGUGUCACGAAGAUAGCUGACUUUGGUCUUGCUCGAGGCGUGUACAAUAGUGAAUAUUACCGUGUUCGUGGAGAGGACUUCCUUCCACUAAGGUGGUUAGCUCCCGAGUGUAUCACGGAUGGUUUGUUCUCAUCGAAAAGCGACAUUUGGGCCUUUGGUAUUUUAAUGUAUGAAAUUGUUAGUCUGGGUCAGAAACCUUACUUGAACAUGGAUAAUAAUCAGGUUCUCACACAUGUUCGGAAUGGAGGCACUCCCGCAAAGCCUGUCUACUGCCCUGAUCCGUUGUGA